UUUGGUGUUUGCAGCAUCCCGGCCGGGUGGCUCUCGUCUCAGUUUUCUGUCCCCUCCCAUCUCCCGCCCUCACCUCCACGCGGGGCUGCCUGAGCCUUGUGCACUUUGUACCCUACUGGCAACGGAUAAAAAGAGCCUGAGGAAAUACGGGACGCAUCCACCCCUUACCAGCUCUACCCUUUAAAGAUCUCAGCCCCGGGAGAUCCGAGCACGGCAGAAGCACUCUGCACACCUCUCCGAGAAGGGCUCGGGGCGCAGCUCCAGCGAUCGCCUGGUAGCCGCGGGCUCCGAGAUCCCCCUUCCGUCUCGGCCUGGGAGCGCGAUCGCCGCCGCGGAGAGCCAGGAUGCCGGCGCACAUGCUGCAAGAGAUCUCCAGCUCCUACACCACCACCACUACCAUCACAGCGCCUCCAUCUGGGGGCCUGAAGAAUGGAAAACAAAACUUCGAAAAGACUCUCCGGGACUUGGGAGAUGACAUCCGCCCUGAAAUGAAAGAGGACAUCCAUGACCCCACCUACCAGGAUGAGGUGGGCCCCGCACCGAAGCUUGAGUAUGUGUGGAGAAACAUCAUCCUCAUGGCUCUGCUGCACCUGGGAGCCCUGUAUGGGAUCACCCUGGUUCCUGGCUGCAAGGCCUACACCUGGCUCUGGGCAUAUCUUUGCUAUGUAUACAGUGCCCUGGGCAUCACAGCAGGGGCUCAUCGCCUGUGGAGCCACCGGACCUACAAAGCACGGCUGCCUCUGAGGCUCUUCCUCAUCAUUGCCAACACCAUGGCAUUCCAGAAUGACGUGUAUGAAUGGGCCCGAGAUCACCGCGCCCACCACAAGUUCUCAGAGACUCAUGCUGAUCCUCACAAUUCUCGCCGUGGCUUUUUCUUCUCUCACGUGGGUUGGCUGCUUGUGCGCAAACACCCAGCUGUCAAAGAGAAGGGUGGUUUGCUGGAUAUGUCUGACCUCAAAGCUGAGAAACUGGUGAUGUUCCAGAGGAGGUACUACAAGCCUGGUCUCCUGUUGAUGUGCUUCAUCUUGCCCACCCUGGUGCCCUGGUAUUGUUGGGGUGAAACUUUUAAACACAGUUUGUUUGUUGGCACUUUCCUGCGAUAUGCCGUCGUGCUCAAUGCCACCUGGCUGGUGAACAGUGCUGCCCACCUCUAUGGAUACCGCCCAUAUGACAAGAACAUUGAGUCUCGAGAGAAUAUCUUGGUUUCACUGGGAGCUGUGGGUGAGGGCUUCCACAAUUACCACCACACCUUCCCCUAUGAUUACUCUGCCAGUGAGUACCGCUGGCACAUCAACCUCACCACAUUUUUCAUCGAUUGCAUGGCUGCCCUUGGACUGGCUUAUGAUCGGAAGAAGGUAUCCAAGGCUGCCGUCUUGGCCAGGAUUAAAAGAACUGGAGAUGGAAGCCAUAAGAGUAGCUGAGUUUGGGAUUGUCCAGGUUUCUAUUCCAAAGCCAGCUGGGCAGUUUAAUUAACUACUGAGUAAUGUUACCAGGAUACUAAAGAUGACCUUAAUCUGUUCUGGUACACUAUUCUUUUUAAAUGGAAAGUUUUGAUAAUUUUUUUGAGGUGACAUGUAUUUUAAUUAGCUAGAGUUAACAAUUCUACAACACAUACUUUCAGAAAUGUUGUACCUGAUAAAGGAAUACAAUUUUAUUUGUGAAUUUUUAAAAAU